AUCAUCAUAUCCAUCAACUUAUAUAGCAUCAUCGCAGAGUUAAUCAGUGAACUAAACCUGGCGUGUCCCGUCUCGGGCUUGCUCUCGGCGACCCACAGUCCUUAUCACGCAAGUUUGCCGCCCCCGUAGCCACAACACUACAGAGAAAAAACCUAUACAGGCCCAGUUUUGUUUUUCUUGUUCUCGCCCCGGAGCGAGAGUAUACACACACAGACAGACACAGAAUAGUAUGUAAAUCAUGCCCCCCUUGAUCGACAACAUGAUCAAUCCUCCAAACUCAGUUUUGCCCUCGAGGGGCCUAGUCCUUUAUAACAAGAGCAACUCGCUUUCCCCAAUUUCCAGACCCGAUAUUUUCUUAUCAUAAAAAUAUUCAUUCGUUAUGCUAUCUGAACAGAACGAUAGUGGGAGUGGGAGCGGCGGGAGACCUAGCCAGGUACAUACUCCCCUCCGCAGGGAAAAGAAGCGAGUAGGCUUCCACUCCAGCAAAGAAUCCUCCGGAGAAAGCAGCGACUCAACAACACACCAACAGCAAACACGACAGCAGCGUCAAGAUGAAGGUGUUUUCUCACCAGCAGGUUCACCAAAACUAGCUCCCGGGGAAUUACCACCUAAUGCACCAGAUGCUUACGAACUAAGCCUUGCUCUCACAAAGAUCUUGUCCGCCGAGCAGGAGAAGAAACGACAGGUUCAGAAUCUCACACCAGAUACCCCGGAUGUAGGACCAAAGAGGCCGAGACCUGCGCUGAGGAGAAAUACGAGUUAUGAUGAUCCUAAUGAGAGGGAGAAGGCGGAUCAGGCGGAGUCGAGGACGACGGAGAGACAGUAUCGAUCUAUGGCUGAUGCUCGACAGAGAGCUGAUCGGUUAGCUGUUUCUGUGGGGAGUUACUCUGCCCCUGGGUCGCGACGAGGAUCGCUUGACCUCGAGGAAGUUCCUUCGUUUAAGCCGUUGAUUGAGGACUAUGAUAAUCCAAAGGGUUCACCGCCAGCUGGGUCGAAUACCAUUGAAGAUGCAGGAUAUUUCGGUCUUCGACAACGCAUAGCCAACUCUGAUCGCUUUCAGCAUCACGCUGCGGCUGAGAAUCUGGUCAGAUCUCAUACCCGCAAAGGAAAACGGGAUUUGUUCACACAGCAUCCCAACGGCGGACCAGCAUCUGGUACAGCUACACCCGUUCUUCAACAAGCAUACGCCCACGACUACGUUCCUCGACCGGACCAAUAUCGUGGUGGUAUUCUCUCCUCACUACUUAAGUUGUAUCACGAUGAUAGAACACCAGGUAGUGGAAUGAACACGCCCAAGGACACGGGUACACCACUCAUGUCGCCUCGUAACUCACCACCUAUAUCUCGCCCUGGAUCAUCUAAUGGAACGCCUCCUAUUCGAUCACCGCCUCGCUCACGACCGACGAGCGGUUUGUUCAAUUACCACAAGAACAGACACUCGACGUCUUCGCUUGCACUUACGGAGUUGAUGAAGUCUUCUUCCAUGUUUGCGGCGCCAGCUUCAGCGAAUAUCUCUGAUAAGUGGGCUGAGAAGAUUAAACAACAACCGCCUCCUCCUAAGAAGCGCGACAAGGCUCGGAUUACUAUUCAUAUUGCGGGUAUUAUCCAACGACAUCGGUACCUACUCAAGCUGUGUAGAGCUCUUAUGAUGUAUGGUGCGCCUACACAUCGAUUGGAAGAGUACAUGACCAUGUCAUCCCGUGUCCUCGAAAUCGAAGCUCAGUUCUUGUACCUCCCUGGAUGUAUGAUCAUCAGCUUCGAUGAUAGCACUACACAUACCACUGAAGUCAAGCUCGUUCGUGUACCGCAGGGUAUCGACCUCGGACGUCUUCGAGACGUGCACAACAUUUACAAAGAAGUUGUCCACGACAAGAUCGGCGUUGAAGAAGCGACAAAACGACUGGACGACGUCAACGCACGAAAGGAUAAAUACAACGUCUGGAUUCGAGUAUUCCUAUACGGUGUCGCAUCAGCUUGUGUGGCGCCCUUCGCUUUCCAAGGUCGAUUCAUCGACUUGCCUAUUGCCUUCUUUCUGGGAUGUAUCGUUGGCAUUCUUCAACUUGUCUUGGCACCUAGCAAUGAACUGUACGCCCACGUCUUUGAAGUUUCGGCCGCCCUUAUCACGUCGUUCUUCGCUCGAGCAUUCGGCUCUAUCCAAAAUGGCAAACUGUUCUGCUUCAGUGCACUAGCACAGAGUAGUAUCGCCCUGAUUCUUCCAGGGUACAUGGUCCUCUGUAGUUCUCUCGAACUUCAAAGUCAUAACCUCGUCGCCGGUAGUGUACGUAUGGUGCAUGCUCUCAUCUACACUCUCUUCCUCGGAUAUGGUAUCACAAUCGGUGCUUCGCUCUACGGCAUGAUUGAUAGCAACGCAACGAGUCGCUCAACAUGCGAUAACCCUCUUGGACGGGAAUGGUACUUCCUCUUCGUCCCUGGAUUCACCAUGUGUCUCUGUCUCAUCAACCAAGCCAAGUGGAAGCAAACUCCCGUUAUGGUCGGGAUGGCUUUAGCUGGUUGGUCAGUCAACAGUUACUGCGCCGAAUACUUUGGAGGAAACGGCCAAAUCUCCAAUAUGCUGGGUGCCUUGACGAUUGGUAUUCUUGCAAACUUGUACUCUCGAAUGGGACGGCAUGUGGAGAAUGGAUACCUGGACUUUGUCGACUGGUGGAAGCUCAGGGUUCGACCACGAUAUACCAAGAAGAGAAUCGACUCGGACUCCUGGUCCCUCCCAACACUCAACGACCCCGAGUCUCGACCCGGAACACCAGAGAAACACCAAGAGCCCGAGAAGAAGCCCCGCAAGGUCGGAUACAGUCUCGCAGCUGCGGCUAUGCUUCCAGCCAUUUUUGUGCAGGUUCCCUCUGGUCUUGCAGCAGGAGGUUCUCUGUUGGCCAGUAUCACUAUGGCUGAUGAGAUCACCAAGAACGGAACAAAGGUAGCAUCUGACAUGAACACGAUGGGUAAUCUUGAAGGAACUGCGUUCAAUGUGUUGUUCAAGGUUAUCCAAGUUGCCAUUGGUAUCAGUGUCGGUUUGUUCAUGAGUGCACUAAUCGUCUACCCAUUGGGAUGGCUUAUCACAGCGAAUAUACAAAAGCAACAAGGGAAAUUGCUUGGAGUUAUUGUUUUCUUUGUCAUAUUGGAAUUGGGAUUGAAGCGACUGGCGCAAAGCAAGCGAUGGGUUUCCUUUUUACAAUCAUACACAGAUAAACAGAACUAUAGAUACGGGACGCUUCUCGAACACAACACAAAUUCUAGCCUCAAAUUGGCCAAACCUUCUUCACUCCAUCAGCCAACGGCCAAAACCGCAGGCAUGAAGAUCCGUUCAUCUCGCAUCUCAGGCUCAAUAGCAAAAGCCAUAAGCCAACGCCACGGCAAGUCAAAGAAAGGCAUCAUAAAAACCAUAAUCGCCUUCUUCCGCCUCUUUCGUCUCCUCCUAACACGCUAUCGCUCCAUCGACUUUCUCGCUUUGCGCAAAGAGGUCUGGCAACUUGAUGAAGAUGAAUAUCACGAGUCUUUCCAGACAGAUGGAGAAGACAAUGCUGAGCUCAUACCCAUUGGCGAUCUAGGGUACAGCGGCUCUACGUUUUUCACGACGGCUAAUGAGAAGUAUCUCAUCAAAUCGCUGCCAAGACGCUUUGAGCAUGAUUUCUUCGUGAAGGAGUUGUUGGAUCCGUAUGUGGGACAUAUGAAGUUUCAACCACAUAGCUUACUCGUCAGGAUCACGGAUUUGGUGGUCUCGUCGCAGGCGAGUAUUGGUGGUAUGAUUGGUGCUGCGCCGACACAUCAUAUUGUCAUGGAGAAUCUACUGUAUGGAAAACCAAAGGGUGAUGAGGGAAAGAAGUGGGAGACGUACGACCUCAAGCCAAACGAUUACUUCUUUCCAGAACGAGAUAUCGCAGACGGUGCUCUUGUUCCAGACAGCGUUAUAGAACGCCUCGUCGAUGAAUUUCCCGACAAAGUCCGUGUUACACACCAAGCCAAACAAGAGCUUAUAUCACUACUCUUCGCGGACUCUGCACUCCUCGCCUCACACAACGCAGUGGACUAUUCCCUGUUUUUAGUACGAUACCCGCAAGGCAUGGAAGUUCCAGUUGUGGAAUCAGAUGCUGGACGCUGGCGAAGGGGUGUUGAUGAUGUGGAUGGGAAGUGGACGUAUCGAUGUGUUGUGCUGGACUUUUUCUGGGCGAAGCAUGCUUUCCAGGCGAGGGCAUUAACGAAGAUUGUGAAGAUCUUUAACAAGGUUGCGCAUAAGGGACCGAUGAGCAUCACAGCGGAUCCGGAGGAGUAUAGGGAGAGGUUUAUGAAGAUGGUGGAUGAGAUGGUCGUUGAAGGGUAAAGACGCAGUAUGGGUUUGCUGGUUCAUUGUUGCUUGCGGUUUGUGAAAAGCAUGGAGUCGGAAGGGAUCGUUUUGUUUCUUGAUGAUGACACCACUUGUCCCUCAUGGCGGAUAAGAGUCAACUUUGUCACGAAUAAUGUCUAAUGCUCUCAGUUAUCUCAUAUGCUUGAAAAAUAUCAAUGAAGGUCUUUGUAGUCAACCUGUGAAUGA